AUGGCGACCAGCGCGCAAAGUCCUACGUCGCAAGCCGCCAGCACACCCAAUGGCGACAUCCAUGAUUUGCCUCCGCCCAUGCCGACGGCUAAGAAGGGCAAGGCUAAAAAAGACAAACAACUCAGCGCGGAAGAGAACGCGAAACUAGUUCAGGCACGACUGUCGCAGUUGGAGCAAGAAAAGGCUGGUGAAAAGACACAACAGGCGGAAGUGGAUCGAGAAGUAAAGAAGGCCACCCGUGAUUUGAACGAGUUGAUCAAUAGCGUUGAAGGGCCCUUGAGCCGGCUUGAUCUGGUCCAAAAGAAAUAUGAGGAGCUACUCGGCGAAAUGAAAAAGCUAGAACGCGACUAUGCUAAAAACAAGAAGCGAGCCGACCAGUUGCAGAAGGAACAGGACAAGUUUAAGUCGGAGCACAACAAGACCGCCACAAUGAAGGACAAACUCGAGAAGCUGUGCCGGGAGCUGACCAAAGAAAACAAGAAACUCAAGGACGAGAACAAGAAGCUGGAGGAAACAGAGAAGCAAGCCCGAGAGACAAUCAACGAACGCCUGGACCACAUGCUGUACGACGUCCAAGAAGCCAUGAACAACCGAACCACCACACAUUCCGAGAACCUUCACCUGGAACUGGACGAAUUAUUCAAAACACGAUGCAAGGUUUUAGCAGACCAGGCCGAAAUUCGGGAGAUGCAUUUCCGAGCCAUUCUUCGACACAAAGACGCCGAAAUCGCACACCUACAGGCAAAAUACGAAGUCGAACGCCGCAGAGCCGAAUCCGAAGCCGCACGUUGUCGUACGCUUACGAACCAGGUCUCGACGUUCUCCCACACCGAGGCCGAGCUGCGGAGCCAACUCAACAUCUACGUCGAGAAGUUCAAACAGCAGGUCGAAGACACGCUCAACAAUAGCAAUGAGCUCUUUCUCACGUUCCGCAAGGAGAUGGAGGAGAUGUCGAAGAAGACUAAGCGUCUCGAGAAGGAGAACCUGACUCUCACCCGAAAGCACGACCAAACCAAUCGAAACAUCCUGGAGAUGGCCGAGGAGCGCACCAGGGACAAGGAGGACCUGGAGAGGCUUCGGAAGCAAGAACAGCAGAUGCGCAACAUCAUCAAGACCAUGCAGGAGCAGGGCCGCGGCGCACCACUCCAGCAAGAGCUUGUCGACGAAGAAGGCACGGAGAGCGAGUACGACGAGGAGUAUGAGGACGAAGACGAGGAAGACGGGGAGAGUUACGAAGGUGAGGAGGAGUUGGCGGCGGAAAUUGCAAAUGCAAAGCCUGUCUUUGGCCCUGAGCCUCCACCGGAAAUGCUCAAGGCCAACGGUCAGAAGGCCGCAGCCGUCGUUAAUGGCGUCAAGCAUUGA